UCAACAUCCUCGCAGAAGAGCAAAACAGAAGCUCAUCUCUCUUCACACAACAAGAUCAAGAUCAUCUAGCAAUGGCUCCCAUGGCGACCACCACCAAGAAUGCCCUGGUGCUCCUCCUCCUGGCGCUCCUCCCUCUAGAAACACUCUCCUCCCGUGCCAGCCCGUCCACGCACAAAAGCCAUGCCCCUAAGCACCCAUCUCCUCCUCCUCCACUUCCACCUAGCUCACCGCCUGCACCAGCUGCGCUGGUGCGCGCUACCUGCAACUCGACGGCCUACUAUGACCUGUGCAUGUCCACACUGAGCGCUGACCCGUCCAGCGCCACGGCCGACGUGCGGGGCCUCUCAGCCAUCGCCGUCUCGGCCGCCGCCGCCAACGCCUCGGGCGGCGCGGCCACGGCCGCCGCUCUGGCGGCCAACGUCGCUAACGCCACGGCGGGGCAGGCGGCGCCCUCCGCCGACGCCACCGUGCAGGCGCUGCUCCGCACCUGCGCCGCCAAGUACAGCCAGGCCCGGGACGCGUUGUCGGCGGCCAGGGGCUCCAUCGCGAGGCAGGACUACGACUACGCGUCGGUGCAGGUGAGCGCCGCCGCGGAGUACCCGCAGGUGUGCAGGGUGCUGUUCCAGCGGCAGAGGCCCGGCGCCUACCCGGCGGAACUGGCGGCCAGGGAGGCGGCGCUCCGGCAGCUUUGCACCGUGGCGCUAGACAUCAUCACGCUCCUCUCCAACUCCAACAUCAGCUAGAUGAUCCAUUCCCAUGCAUGUCCAUCAUGUUAAGUAGUGAUACCAAUCUUAUCUUAAUCAUAUUACUUGAUUCAUUCAUGUAAAAGAUCCCAAUACAUACAUGUAAAGCUCGUGAGUAGUAUACGUGUAAUGACACGGGUCUCAUGUUUACGAUUUUGGUCUUAUAUAUAUGACGUUUGUUGGGACAAGAC